AUGAACCCGCACAUUUCUGUUCCUCGCCAACAUGCUGGUCCGGCCAAUUUCGGUUCCACCCCUCGCCGCGGGUCCAGCGUGCGCAUGCCGCGCUUCUUCAAGAGACUCUUUAAAUUUCCCCAGAUGGACUUUGAGAUGGCUAUCUGGGAAAUGACUUCCCUACUGAUCGCCCCUAAGAAGGUCUUCAAGUCCAUAUAUUACCAUAAACAAACCAAAAACACAUGGCAUCGCCCUGACCCGUCAUUCACCUACCUCCUCUCUUUCUUCUUACUCCUCACAGCCCUCGCCUGGGGUCUCGCCUAUACCCCCUCCUUCGGCGCGAUUAUCCGGCUCUCGCUACUCUUCGUCUUCUUGCAUUUUAUUGGAUCAUCGCUGUUCGUCUCUGCUAUCGGCUACUUUGUCAUUGGCCGCCUCUUUGGUCCCAAUGGCGCCGCUGCCUCCAUGACUGGCUUCCGCGGCUCGAGAGGUCGUCGGCGCGGUGCUGCUCAGGGUUUAUUCAUGCAACCCGGGGAAAAGGAUCAGCUGGAAUUUGGAUACUGCUUUGAUGUCUCCAAUCGCGCCUUUUUCCCUCUCUACUUGCACCUCUACGUGAUCCAGUUCCUACUCCUCCCACUCCUCACACGCAGCCCGAGCAAUUUCCUCGCUACGUUCCUCGGAAACACGCUCUACCUCUCCGCCUUGAUCUACUACACCUACAUCACUUUCCUGGGCUACAAUGCCCUCCCAUUUUUGCAUAACACGGAGUUGCUUCUCAUUCCCAUCCUGAUAUUCGGCCUUCUCUGGCUCAUUAGCCUGAUUGCCGGAUGGGGAGUUGUCAUGGAUGGAUGGGGCGUCGAGGGCUUGUUCUGGGGUGUAUGA